CGUCAGGGCUGGCGGAGAUGGGGGCACACUGGAUCCAUGGCCCCUCACCAGGCAACCCUGUUUUCUGCCUGGCCACAAGCUAUGGCCUGCUGGGCCCCGAGGCUGCCCUGGAGGAGAACCAGCAGGCAGAAGCAGGAGGUCACCCCCCACUGCCCUCCGUCACCUACGGCAGCUCAGGGAAGGUGCUGAGUCCCAAGGUGGUGAGCGAAGCUCGUGACCUCUUCCACACCCUCCUGGCCUCCACUCGUGCUUUUCAGGGGGCUGAGGAGGUACCGGUGCCAAGUGUGGGGCAGUACCUGCGGGCAGAGAUCGCCCGGAGGGUGCCCACACUGGCAGGGGGCAAGGAGGAUGCCCGGAGGCUCCAGCUGGCUGUCCUCGCCGCCUGCUUCAAGCUGGAGUGUUGCAUCAGUGGCACCCACAGCAUGGACCUGGUGGCUCUGGAGCCCUUUGGGGAGUAUGUCUCACUGCCAGGCCUGGACUGCACCUUCCCAGGUGGCUAAAGCAGCCUGGGCUUGGCUGAUCGCCUGCUCUCAGCUCUGCCAGAGGGCACUGUCCUGCUCAACAAGGCAGUGAAGACCAUCCAGUGGCAAGGGUCCUUCCAUGAGGAAGGGAAUGAUGCCAGGGAUUUCCCCGUCCGUGUGGAGUGUGAGGAUGGAGAUGCCUUCCUUGCUGACCAUGUCAUUGUAACCAUCCCACUGGGUUUCCUCAAGGAACACCACCAGGAACUCUUCCAGCCUCCCCUGCCCAAGCGGAAAGCAGAGGCCAUUCGCCACUUGGGUUUUGGCACCAACAACAAGAUCUUCCUGGAGUUUGACCAGCCUUUCUGGGAUCCCCAGCAGCAGCUCCUGGAAGUGGUGUGGGAGGACGAAUCGCCACUGGAGGAGCCCAGCACUGACCUGGAGGGCAACUGGUUCAAGAAGCUCAUCGGAUUCGUGGUACUCCAACCACCAGAGCAGCAUGGGCACGUCCUCUGCGGCUUCAUUGCGGGGAAGGAGUCGGAGCACAUGGAGACACUGAGUGACGCAGAGGUUCUCAGCACCAUGACACGUGUCCUCCGCACACUGACAGGGAAUCCAAGCCUGCCUGCUCCCAGGAGCAUGCUCAGGUCCCGCUGGCACAGUGCUCCCUACACCUGCGGCUCCUACAGCUACGUGGCCGUCGGCAGCUCGGGGGAGGACAUUGAUGUGCUGGCACAGCCCCUGCCCGAGGACCCCAAGGACCCUAGGCCUCUGCAGCUCCUUUUCGCCGGCGAAGCCACCCACCGCACCUUCUACUCCACCACCCACGGGGCUCUCCUGUCGGGGUGGCGAGAGGCCGAGCGGCUCAACCAACUCUUCGAGGCAGGAAAAUAA